CUGGUAAUCAUUGCCCAAUCCUUCCAAAUCAAGAUAGGGUGGUUUCCCCGCCACAUCCUUAAUUCUCCAAUCUCCAUCUUCCUCGAAUAUGGAACUGAUAAUUCAAAAGGCACAAACAGCAAGGGAAUAACCCAAAUAAAAUUUUAAGAAAACUGAUUACAAAAAAGCUUCGUUCUUCAUCAAUGGAGAGCUUAACCAUCCCCUGCAAAUCCACCCCGCCUUUACCAAUUCUUUCUGAAUUUUCUCACAUACCCAUUAAACCAACACUUCCUUUCUCCAAAAGCCACCAACCAUUUCCCUCAAAAACCCCAGAUUUUUCCCAUUUGAAUUAUCUCCUCAAAAAUGGUAAUUUUAGGGAAGCUAUAACUGCCCUAGAUUCAUUUUCAAGAAAUGGGUGUAAGCUUAAAGCUGAUGCAUUUUCACAGUUGUUAGAUUGCUGCAUUGUUCUUAAUUCCGCAGAAUUAGGGCGUCAAUUACAUUCUAGAUUACACUUGGUUGAGGAUGUUUGUCCCUUUGUUGAGACUAAAUUAGUUAGUAUGUAUGCCAAGUGUGGGUGUUUGGGGGAUGCUCGUAAGGUGUUUGAUGAAAUGUCUGAGAGAAACUUGUUUAGUUGGUCAGCUAUGAUUGGGGCUUACGCUAGAGAGCAACGAUGGGGUGAGGUGGUUUGCUUGUUUGGGUUGAUGAUGAGAGAGGGUAUUUUUCCCGAUGGGUUUUUGUUUCCCAAGAUUUUACAGGCUUGUGGGAAUUGUGGGGAUGUUGAGACUGGAAGGUUGAUACAUUCUUUGGUGAUUCGAAGUGGUAUGAGGUCGUGUAGGCGGGUUAUUAAUGCGCUGUUGGCGGUGUAUGCAAAGUGUAACAAAAUGAGUUUGGCUAGGAGGUUUUUUGAGGAGAUGGAUGAAAGGGAUAUUGUUAGUUGGAACUCGAUGAUAUCUGGAUAUUGUCGGAGAGGUGAGAAUGUUGAAGCGCAUAGGUUACUGAAUAUGAUGUGUGAAGAAGGGAUUGAACCUAGUGUGAUAACGUGGAACAUAUUAGUUACCGGUUACAAUCAGUCAGGUGAUUGUGAUGCUGCAAUGGAACUCAUCAACAGGAUGAGAGGUUUCGGAGUGAUUCCUGAUGUUUUUACCUGGACCUCAAUGAUCUCAGGCCUUGCUCGGAACAAUAGGGUAGUUGAAGCAUUAGAACUCUUUAGGGAAAUGCUUGUGAUCGGUGUUCAACCAAAUGAGGUUACCGUAGCUAGUGCAGUCUCUGCCUGUGCAUCUGUUGAAUCUUUAGAGACAGGUAAAGAGCUUCAUUCAGUUGCAUCUAAAAUGGGUCUUUGUAACAGUAUUUUGGUUGGAAAUUCACUAAUAGAUAUGUAUUCAAAAUGUGGAGAACUUGAAGCAGCACGCAAGGUCUUUGAUUUGAUGUCUGAAAAAGAUGUUUAUACUUGGAAUUCAUUGAUAGGAGGGUAUUGUCAUGCUGGUUAUUGUGGCAAAGCCCACGACUUGUUUAAGAGGCUGCAGAAUUCAGAGACAUCACCCAAUUUUGUGACUUGGAAUAUCAUUAUCUCAGGUUACAUCCAAAAUGGAGAUGAAGACAAAGCCAUGGAGCUCUUUGAGAUGAUGGGCAAGGAGGGAAUAGUAAAGCCGGAAACAUCGUCAUGGAACUCUCUUAUUUCUGGUUUUGUACAAAUGGGACGCAAGGACGAGGCACUAAUGAUAUUCCGAAAAAUGCAGUCCUUGGGUAAUCGACCCAAUCCAGUUACAGUUUUGUCAAUUUUACCUGCUUGUGGUAAUCUAAUGGCAGCAAACAAGGUUAAAGAGAUCCAUGCUAGUGUGCUGCGUGGAAAGUUAGAUUCCCAUAUCGCUAUUUCGAAUUCACUAAUUGACGUUUAUAGUAAGUCAGGCAAUCUUGGAUACUCGAGGUCUGUAUUUAACUGUAUGCCUUCAAAGGAUAUCAUCACUUGGAACUCAUUCAUGGCUGGUUAUGUUUUACAUGGCCUUUCACAUGAUGCACUGGAUGCCUUUGAUCUGAUGACAAGGGAGGGAUUUGAACCUAAUAGAGGUACUUUUAUAAGCCUCAUACUUGCAUGUAGUCGUGCAAAAUUGGUUGAGAAGGGGAAGCAAGUAUUCUGGAGCAUGACUAAAGAUUAUCAUAUUGUGCCUGGUUCUGAACAUUAUGCUGCAAUGAUAGAUUUAUUUGGCUGUUCAGGUAAGCUUAAAGAGGCAAUUGAAUUCAUGAACUGCAUGGAGACGGAACCUGACACAGCUGUAUGGGAUGCAUUGCUUACAGCCAGUAGGGCUCGUGGAAGCAUUGCUUUAACAAUCCAUGCAGGUGAACAUUUGCUUGAUUUGAACCCUGGAAAUGGUAUGGUCCACCAUUUGGUUUCGCAGGCUUACAUAGCUUCUGGAAGAUCUCUCAACACCCUGAAAGAGCGCAGGGCACUAGGAAAUAUGGAUGUGAAGAAACCGUGUGGGUGCAGCUUGCUUCAAUUGAAAAAUCAGGUGUAUGAAUUUUUUAGCGGUGACCAUUCUACUUCAGGUUUGAGCACUCUUUCUUCUUGGUUGAAGAGUAUAGAAGGAAAUAUCGAGCUCCCUGGCUCAAACAAUAUCCACCAUGUACAUGAAGAAGAUUUUGAAGAAAUUAGCGGGUUACACAGUGAAAAACUCGCCCUUGCUUUUGCUCUUCUCAACACAGAUUUUAAAGUUAAAUGCAUAAGGAUUGUGAAGAACUUCAGAAUUUGUGAAGAUUGUCAUUGUACAGCAAAAUAUAUCUCUUCAGCGUAUGGUUGUGAAAUAUUACUAAGUGACACAAAGUGUUUGCAUCAUUUCAAAGAAGGGAAAUGUUCUUGUGGGGAUUAUUGGUAGUGUAAAGAAAGUAACAAGGCAACCCACAUUAUUUUGUGUAUUCCCUGACAAUCUGUAUAUAUGUAGUGAACCAAAUGUUAUUUUGGCUGGACAGGAAUCUCAACAAUGUGAAGUAUCUGAAGAUAUAGCUUUUUUUGCAUUAUUUGGCACUUACAUACGGAUGAACCACACAAAGUUCCAACAAUAUCGAAGGAGGAGCAUACUUAUAGUUUUGUGUUUUUUUAUAUUUCUGACAUAUUAUUUACUUGGAAGAAAUUAAUUGCUACUUCCUAUUUAAAUUCAUGGAACUUUUGAACUGUUUUGUUGAAAGAUAAUCUCCAAGACUUUCCCCUCAAGCUUCUAGGUUUUAUUACCAUAAAAGCCAUCUUUUUUGGCAAAUGUUUUUUUUUCUCUUCAUUAUAUUUAUAUCUGUUUUAUUAUAAGUAUUUGUUAAGUUGGUUGAACUUACUAAGGCAUGAUCAAUGAAGAUGAGUAAUGAGAAAUAAGCAGAAAAGUAUCCUUUAGGGAUGCCCUUUUGAUGGUUUAGGGUGUUUAGUACCAAUUUGAAUGUUUUUGUUGAUCUCGUUCUGUAGAAAUUUUGGGGUUGCUCAUGGAUUGAGUUUCUGGCAGUAACAAUUGGAAGGAGAAAUGUUUUUUUUGGGCAAAUGGAAAGAGAAAUAUUAUUUUGUUGGUUUCUUGUAGUUUACCCUGACUUAUUAUUUUCUAUCAGGCCUUUAGAGUUGAAUAUUCAUCUGCAAUUGUAAGUAGUGCGUACAGAAGUGCCAGAUUUUUGUUUCAACCUCUAAUAUUUUCUGUUGCUUGUAAAGUUGUUUUUUCUAGUGUUUCAGGUUGCUCAAUGCAAUGCAAAAGCUAAAGGCUUGAUGAAAAAUACUCUUGCAGAAGCGUAUCCACUCAUCACUAGUAGGUUUGGUACAGAAAGAAAUCAGUGGAAGUAAUGGUGUUAAUUGCUAUCUGUUUUCAUUUUGUUGGUAGUCAGUGUCGUCUAUGCACAUGAAAGAAAAUCUACCUGACUGCUGGUUUUCCGUUUACCAUCUUGAACGGCAAGGAUCAGGUAUUUUUUCCUCGAUUCCUCACCGAGAUGCUAGUUGCUUUUGGAUCUCAACAAAUUUCUAGUGGAGAUAAUGAGAAGAAGCCAGUCACUGUUGGGCCAUGGGGUGGUCAAACUGGAUCUAGUUGGGAUGACGGAGUGUACACAACUGUGAGGCGAAUACUAAUAACACAUGGAGCUGGUAUUGACUCCAUUCAUAUUGAAUAUGAUAAGCAAGGAUCUUCUUCGUGGUCAGAUAAACAUGGUGGAUCUGGAGGCUAUAAAACAGAUGAGGUUAAACUUGCAUAUCCAACUGAGUUCCUGACAUCUGUACUUGGUUACUAUGGGCCCUUGUAUCAUGGUGGUCCAGUUUGUGUCCGAUCACUGACCUUUGUCAGCAAUGAAAAAACACAUGGACCAUUCGGUGUCGAGCUAGGAACAUUCUUCUCCUGCCAGAAGGUUGGGGACAAAAUUGUUGGCUUCUAUGGUAGAAGUGGUUGGUUCUUAGAUUCCAUCGGAGCAUAUGUGAAGCCUCUUGAUCAAAAAAAUGUGUCAAAAAAUAUAGCUUAUUCACAAAACUUUGUUCCAAACGGGGUUGAGAAUUCUGGUUAUUCAGUAAUACAUGGGAGUUUAGGGAAGGAUUAUGACAUAGUGCUUGCCAUAAAACAGAGGGAUAAUCUCUAUAAUGCUCCUGCUCCUGCUCCCCCAAAAAUAAGGGAGAUGGACACCAAUACUUCACCAUUGACAUUCUCAAGACAAAGUUCACGUUCUGACUACUCCGAUGUGGAAGGCAAAGAAAAGGCGUUGGCCCUUCCUCCCCCUGCUGAGAAAAAACCCCCAGGCAUUGUGACUCAUGGACCUUGGGGUGGAAAUGGAGGAACUGCGUUUGAUGAUGGAACAUACACAGGCAUCAGACAAAUUAUCAUAUCUCGAAAUGUUGGUAUUGUUUAUAUGAAAGUGUUAUAUGAGCAGAAAGGGGAAGCUGUAUGGGGAAGAAGAAAUGGAGGGACUGGUGGGUUUAAAAAAGACAAGAUUACCUUCGAUUAUCCUUAUGAAAUCUUGACACAUAUAACGGGAUUUCAUGGCCCGACAAUGCUCAGUUCUAGCAUCAUAAAAUCACUCACAUUUCAUACCACGAAAGGGAAAUAUGGACCAUUUGGUGAAGAGCAAGGUGUGGCCUUUAGCUCCAAAUCAAAGGAAGGGAUGAUUGUGGGUCUUUGUGGGCGGAAGGGACUUUUCAUGGAUGCCAUUGGGGUUCAUGUUAAAGAGGGGAAAGUAACACCACAAUUGCGCCCUCCUGUGCCUUUAAAUGAUAACAAUAAACUCGGUUUGCCUUUAAAUGAUAACAAUAAACUCGGUUUGCCUUUAAAUGAUAACAAUACUAAACCUGCUAUUAAACCUGCUAUUAAACCUGCUACUAAACCUGCUAUUAAACCUGCUAUUGAAGGCGAUCCCUUGUGGCCUAGCAAGCAAGUUAUUAACAAAGGAGCACCUGUUGAAGAGCCUGAUUACAAGUUUGUAAAAGAACCAGCUCCAUGUGGACCUGGACCAUGGGGCGGUGAUGGAGGGAAACCUUGGGAUGAUGGAGUCUUCACUGGAAUUAAACAGAUAUUUUUGACAAAAUCUGAAGUAAUAUGCUCUGUACAAAUUGAAUAUGAUAGAAAUGGACAGUCAGUUUGGUCUGUGAAACAUGGCGGCAACACUGGCUCCAAGACACAUCGGGUGAAACUGGAGUACCCACAUGAAAUGCUUACUUGUAUAUCAGGUUAUUAUGGUCCAGUUGCGAAGGAUGAUCAUCCCAAAGUCAUCAGAUCAUUAACAUUCUAUACUAGUCGGGGAAAGUAUGGUCCAUUCGGUGAGGAAACAGGAACAUACUUCACAUCAACAACUACUCAAGGAAAAGUUGUUGGCUUCCAUGGAAGAAGUGGCUCAAACUUGGAUGCUAUUGGCGUUCAUAUGCAACACUGGUUAGGAAGUUAUAAGCAGCCAAAACCUUCUUUCUUCAACAACAUGUUUGGCUGAAUAACAACUAUUUGCUGUCUUCUUCACUCAGACAAUACACACAUCACAGUAGUAGUAAGUAUCAUUGCACAUUGUUGCAAAAUGCUUUUUAAAUUUUUUUGAACAGAAUUCAGGUUCUUAGUGUACUUGUACAAUUCUUGAAUCCUAGAAGGGGGUUUAUUACAUGUCCAGAUUAUGAUGUUGAACUAAAUAUAAGGGAUUGCAUAUUUUUUAGAUGGAUUGAUGAACAAGAACCCACAACUUGGCAAACAAAUGUCAUAUUAGGGUUAAUGCAAGAUAAACGAAGCCUUGCUGCUGAAGUUGAUAGUUUUAGGAUUAAACUUAGUGAAGCUAACAAAUAUGCAAGGAAGAGGGAGUCAAAUUUUGUGAUGAGAAAGAUGAAAAGACCUAUUAGUGUGAAAUAUGAAGUGCGGGUUAUAAUCCUAGUGGAUCUGUUUUUAUUUAUUUGUUUUGUUUUAAGUUAAGUGGGUAUGUAAGUAAUGUAAUAAUUUGCACUAAUGUAAUGAAUACUUUAAUAUCAAUAAUAUCUUACCUCAUGGUCUGUUUUCCAA